CUUUUUUCUCUCAAUGUCUGCCGGCAUUUUCCUCUCGACGGAGAAAGAACAAGGGACGUUGGCCCGUUCGCUGGCGGCAGGAGUGAAAAUGCGGCAAGUCUACAUUUCCUAUUUUAUUUCUGAAACGUCCAUGACUAUUUUGCAAGUCGGGGCCAUAUUUGCGGUUCAAUUCGCCCUGGUCGGAUACGGGGUUAGGGGAAAUUUAGGAACGUGCUUUGUCAUGGCGCUACUAUCCAGUGUUGUCACGAUGUCGUUAGCAAUGCUGGCCGCCUCUAUUUUUUCAAAGUUAAGGGAAACGAUUGUUACCAUAAUAUUUUUCAUCUUGAUAUGCGGCAUACCUUCAGGAUCCUUCUGGCCGCUGGAAGCUGUCAAUGCACACUUCCGCUGGAUGUUCUACUAUUUGAAUCCAAUCUCACUGCCGAUGGUGGCGAUGAGACGAGUGUUCAAUAAUGGGUGGGGUUUGGGGCAUUUAGUUGUGAGGGUGGCUUUCUUAACGCCGAUUGCUUGGUUGGUUCUUAUUUCGUGUGGAUAUUGUGUUGUCGGUAGGAUACAGAGGGUUAAGUAGAGGCCAAUUUCUUGAAAAUGAUGGGACAAUGGGCGGCACAUCUUUUAAAAUUGACUUACCUUUUGAUUUUUGAUUAAUUUAAUUAAAAAAAUUUGUAUAUGGAUGGUAAAUAUGAGGUAAUAUUUCAAUACUUAUUCAACCCGAGAAUAUUUUGGGAUUUCUCGUGAGAAUAAAUCAGUCGAUGAUAACCCUG